CAUUACUUGGGUUGGAAGCCGAGUGUUACUCUUCCAGCAGGGUCUGUUCGACAAAAAGGAUGAGAAUCAAGUAUCCGACGCCGGCCAGUGCUCUCCUUCUGCUGCUGCUGUUGAUUGGCGCUACCGAGAAGACGUGCUCGAGUUUCCAGUCCGACGAGCUCCUCGUCGACGAUGAAGAUUUCGGUCUCGAAGGUGGGUUAGAGAUCGGAUCUCCCCAUCGAGAUGAGGUCACUGCAUCACCGCCGCCGCCGCCUUCUCACGUUCACUCCGCCCGCAAGAAGUCCUCGGCUCCCGACGGCGAUUCCAAGGUCCAGUUCUCCUUGGAACACUCCUUCGGCGGCUCCGAUUUCUCACUCGCCGGCGCCUUCACCGCUCGCCUCAAGACCUCUUCUCAUGGCGGCCAGACGCUCACAAAACUCCGCUUCUCCAGAAAUGCUUUUACUGAAGUAGAGAAGGAGAAUUUCAGAAAACUCUUGGACAGUGAUGACUUUUAUACCAUAAGAUUGCCAUCCAAUGUGUUGAGCCAUACUGGAAGGGAGUAUGUAGUUUCUUCAGUAAAAGCUAGAUGUCUUCCACGGGAUGGUUUGGAUGAGCACUUUGCCAUACACAUGGACGGCGUCAACAUUCUUGGUGUUAAUUAUGGUUCUCCUGGUUCUUGCCAGUAUCCUCGAGCAUUAAAAGUUCCUUCGAAGUGGUCCUUUAACUCGCACACGGUAUUAAAAACAAGUGAGCAGGCACCCAGAACUCCAAUACUUCCAGAAAUUGUGGGCGAGAAUGCAGAGGGGGAAGAAGUAAAGCCUCCAGAAAAAUCGUUCUGGGCUAAAUACUGGAUGUAUUUGCUCCCGCUUGGGCUUAUCGUCAUGAAUGCUGUCACCCAAGCUAUGAACAUGGCCGAAGAACAGACUAAUGGAGGACAACCUCAGCAACAAGCUGGUGGAGCUCCACGCGGACAAAGUACUGUGGUACGACGAAGAUGAUUGGAUUUACAAGUCCCUGAUAGCCACCUGUGUUUCUCGACACAUCUACACAUGAAUCUUUGCAAUUCGAAAGUGGAUUUUUUGUAUGUUCAGAUAUUCAUGGAGAAUGACAUAAUUAUUGGAUAGUCUUCACUUUUGUCAUUUAAAUCUUGUCUUAUUAGUUGUGAGUCAAGAACAUCAAAGCUGUAGUCUUGAAUCUAUGUAUGAAAUGAUAUGAGAUGAUCAUCUUUAAUUUCAAAGAAUAUGAUUUGCAUGCAAGAAAAAGAAACUUAUUUUUA